AUGGCAACCGACUUAUUCACGCUCAAAGGCAAGACCGCCGUCAUCACCGGCGCAGCACGCGGCCUAGGUCUCACAUUUGCCACCGCACUGGCGAGCGCAAACUGUAACCUCGCCGUGCUAGACAUCCUCCAAGAGCCUUCCCCCAGUCUUCUCGCUUUGCGAGACCACCAUAACAUCAAAUUGGAGUAUUACCGCACGGACAUCACCUCGCGUUCCGAGAUCACUGCCGCAAUUGAGAAGAUCGAAGCGCAGUUUGGACGAAUCGAUAUCAAUGUCAAUGCCGCGGGCGUGGUCACGGACGAGCCCUUCCUCAAGACGACCGAUAAGAAUAUCGAGCGCACGUUCGCCGUCAACUUUACCGGUUCCUUCCUCGUGGCUCAGGCUUGUGCAAACAGCAUGGUCGCUCGGUACAAAUCCACCCACGGCCACGAGUUAGCAACGCAGUCUACUACUGGCACGAUCAUCUUUAUCGCCAGUAUCGCGACGCACAUUGUCUCCAGCGCGCAGCAGAUCAGUUGCUAUACAGCAUCCAAAGCGGCUGUGAAGGGACUGGUGAAACCCAUGGCCAUGGAACUUGCGCCGUAUGGAAUUCGAGUCAAUUCCUUGAGUCCAGGGUAUAUGAUGACGGAUAUGAUGCGAGGAUUGCAAGAACAGCAACCUCAGCUGGUGGACCAGUUUGAGAAGGAAACUUUGUUUGGGCGGAUUGGGAUGCCGGACGAAUUGAAGGGUGCUAUCUUGUACUUGUGCUGUGAUGGCGCAAGUGGGUGGUAUACAGGGCAUUUGUUGGUUGAUGGUGGGGCGAGUACUUGGAAGCAUCCAGCUGUUUUAGCAUCAAACUAA